GAGGACCUGAGAAAUGGUCCUUGGUGAAAGAUCUAUUAUUUCUUCCUAAUUGAGCCAUAGAGCCAAUGAGUACGCCGAAAAUCAGUGCUUCCGAUCGUUCUCCACCCCAAUCUAUAUUAAAAGACGCAAUAGCGCCAUCCCUCGUAAGGUGAAGUGCUUAAAUAACCUGCGAUUCCCGCGCGUAUCCGUUUCCAUGAUCCUUGCGGUUCGCCAAUUUAACAAACCGCCGGCGCACGUCAUAAAAACAUACCAGCGGAGUGACAGCACUCAGAGCUGCCGAGGCAUUGCGUCUCAGCCUCCUAAAACACACUAUAUAUAGAAUCUUCCCCGCCAACACUGUCUACCAUGAGUAGUAAGACACAUAUGCUCUCGAAAGAGAAAGAAUACCUAACACAGUCUUUCAAUCUUGAAGAGCAAGCUCCUACGCGACCGCCACCAACAAAAUACUCCAUCCGUCGAAAGAUGGAGCGAACGCUUUUUGUUAUUCUCCUAGCAUUUCUUCUCUUCAUUACCGCGAAUGGCUUUGGGUCAGACACCUUGGAAAACGGUAUCUCAGGGCACCAGAAGCCCUUGACCGUGGAAGAAAGAGUAGAGCGUAUCCUGCAGAAAACCCCGUUGAUCGAUGGCCAUGAUGAUCUUCCGAUUUUCAUCCGUGCGAAAUAUGGAAACCACAUCUACCAAGAGAAUUUCACUACGGAAUUCGUUCAUGGUGGCUUCCCUGGGCAUGUCGACCUGCCCCGGCUAUCCAAGGGUAGAGUCGGUGGCACGUUUUGGAGCGUUUUUGUACCUUGCCCCAAGAACUGGCAGGACUUUUCUGAUGAAAAUUACGCACUGAGUAUACGGGAAACGAUAGAGCAGGUAGACUUGUGGCUCCGCCUGCAGCAAGCCUAUCCGGACACCUUCUCCACGCCUCCGAAUGGCACCACGGCUCUUCAAGCCUUCCUAGACGGGAAGAUCAUCUCACCUAUGGGUAUUGAGGGCCUCCACUCCAUUGGAAACUCGCUUGCCUAUCUACGACAUUUCUAUGCGCAAGGUGUAUCCUAUGCCACUCUGACACAUAAUUGUCAUAAUCGCUACGCCGAUGCUGCUCUCACCGAGCUCCCAGACGGCGGCGUGAAGAAGGCCGAUCCUCUGUGGCACGGUAUCAGUGAGGACGGCAAAGCCCUGGUAUCAGAGAUGAAUCGACUCGGAAUGAUUGUCGAUCUGGCCCAUGUAAGCGUCGAGACCAUGCGAGACGUCCUUGGUGCAGGCAAGGAUGACUGGACGGGCAGUAGUGCGCCAGUCAUCUUCAGCCAUAGUUCCGCAUAUGCCGUCUGCCCUCAUCCACGUAACGUCCCGGACGACGUGCUAGAGUUGGUCAAAUCACGGAACUCCGUGGUGAUGAUUAACUUUGCCCCCGACUUCGUCUCGUGUACAGCUGGGAAUAACUCGAACGGUCUGCCUGACUCGGAUCCUGAGAAUGCCACUUUAGAGCAUGUUGCCGAUCAUAUACUGCACAUCGGGAAUCUCAUCGGGUUUGAUCAUGUCGGAAUCGGCAGCGACUUUGACGGUAUCGCUUCUGUUCCUCGCGGACUAGAGGAUGUCUCCAAAUUUCCAGACUUAAUUGCUGAACUCCUCAGGAGGGGAGUUAGUGAUGAGGAUGCCGGCAAGAUUGUGGGGGGUAACUUGCUACGCGUGUGGAAGGACGUCGACCGCGUUGCUCUUAGCAAGCAAGCCAACGGAGCUCUUCCUGCCGAGGAUGAUCUGUCAUGAGAUAUACCAAGUGUUCGUUUGACACAUAACACGUUGCCUCGGUCCAUGGGUGCCUAUCCUUUUGCCACCAAACUUUGUGUACAUGUAGAUGCAGCCCUAGAUGCAUAUCACCUUUACCUCUAGUUUGGCUUGAAUUUAAUCUACUGGCUAACAGAGUAGUAUCCAGU